GGAGACCGCGCCAAAGCUCAGACAGCGGCCACUCUUCGGGAUGACAACACUCUGCGGAGGCCCUUUAAACUCACUCCGCUGUUGAUACGGACACCGCGCGCGUCGGAGCGUCGGGUUGUGUGUGCGUGUAUCUCUCUCCAGAGGACUGUUUUCGUUCACCGUGCUUGAGUCGAGACUCCAAAAAAAGUCCGGUUUCAUGCCGGUUUUUCCGGAGACGGUUUACGACUUCGCGGUCGUGAGACGACUUUAGACGGGCGCGGCGCGGCGGCGUUGGCGCACUGCUGGACUGGAUAUACAUACAUACACACACACACACACACACACAGACACACACACAGACACGCGUGUCGUUGUCUCGAUAUUCACAUCGCUCCCUGACUGCGUUUGUUCCGCGGACUUUUCAACCGAGUGACUCGGGGAUCUACAUCGUCUGCGCCGGCUUCUUCAGCGGGAAUAUGUUGUUGUCAAAGUUUGGUUCAUUUUCGCACAUUUGCAACCCUUCAAGUAUGGACCACCUACCAGUGAAAAUACAUCUCCAGCCGGUCAAAGUGGAAAAGGAGCCUUUCGAAAAGGUCUACCAGGUGGGAUCCGUGCUGGGCAGCGGUGGAUUCGGGACGGUGUACGCCGGCAGCCGGAUCUCCGAUGGCGCCCCGGUUGCUGUGAAACAUGUGGCAAAGGAGAGGGUGACCGAGUGGGGCACACAUAACGGAUCCAUGGUGCCUCUGGAGAUCCUGCUGCUCAAGAAGGUCAGCUCCACGUUUCGCGGUGUGAUCAAAAUGCUGGACUACUACGAGCGGGCGGACGGCUGGCUGAUCGUCAUGGAGAGGCCGGAGCUCGUCAAGGACCUUUUCGACUUCAUCACGGAGAAGGGCGCCCUGGACGAGGACACGGCCCGGGGCUUCUUCUGCCAGGUCCUGGAGGCGGUCCGACACUGCUACAGCUGCGGCGUGGUGCACCGGGACAUCAAGGACGAGAACCUGCUGGUGGACCUCCGCACCGGGGAGCUCAAGCUCAUUGACUUUGGCUCGGGGGCGAUUCUCAAGGACACCGUGUACACCGAUUUCGACGGUACAAGAGUGUACAGCCCACCAGAGUGGAUCCGCUUCCAUAGAUACCACGGUCGCUCGGCGACGGUGUGGUCGCUAGGCGUGCUGCUGUACGACAUGGUGUGCGGAGACAUCCCCUUUGAGCAGGAUGAUGAGAUCCUCAGAGGGAGACUGUACUUCAGGAGACGAGUUUCAGCCGAGUGCCAGCAGCUGAUCAAAUGGUGCCUGGCCCUGCGGCCCUCAGACAGGCCCACCAUGGAGCAGAUUUGCGACCACCCCUGGAUGAGUGCGACAACGGAGUCCCCCAAGUCGCAAGAGGAGCCGGCCGCUAGCGAGAUCCGCCUCCGGACCAUCAACACAGACUCUUCGUCAAGCACAAGCUCGAGCAAAGAGAGCCUCUGAUGGUGGCUCUGAUGGACCGAAAAGACUUUCUGGGGAGGGGUGGGGCCGUGGACUCAAGGCCGGCAGCUUGCAGCCCAACUGGCCCGACAGCAGCUGGGCACUUGUCACAGCUGGUCCGGCAAGAAAAAUGUACUUUACUUUUCCUCUUUUGUAGGGAAUUUCUAAUUUAUUACCAUUUGUUCUUCCUUAUCUUAUUUUACCCCAUUCCCUUCCCCCUUUUUUUCCAGUUAAUUAUACUUGUUUCCUAAUCGGGAACAUUUUUCUGUUUGGGUGGUCUUACCAGCACUAUUUAUUUACCCCCCUUUUUACCUUUUUUAUUUUACUCGUUUUGUUACUAGGCUGGUAUAUGCAGCUGGCAAGGCCCUCCUAUUCAGACGUGGCUGCUCUCAUAGAGCUUGGAGAAAAACUUUUUAUUUAAAUGUUUUGAUUUUGAUUUUGUAGUGCCUUUUUUUUGGAAAGCUGCUUUUCUUGAGGGGGGGGGCUUUCAUCAACAACUCUGUUUUUUUUUGGGGGAUUUGCCUAUGGCCUGGUGGCUAGGUUGCCUGUGCUGUGAUGGAAAGAGGGUGGGAGUCAGGCUGUGUUUUCCCCUCUCCAUCACUGUAAGCCAAGCAGCCCCAAGCCAAGAGGCUAAGAUAGCAUUAGAUCGGAGAGAAGGAGGUGGGGGCUCUUCCUGACAAUGGAAUACUUGAAAAACACUCGACUCAACUCUGUGUCGCUCUCUUUAACGCUGCUCACUCACUCUAUAGCCUGAACAGGUGUUUGGAAACUGGAUCCUGUCUUUUCUGAAUGUCUACAAAAUGUCAACACACGCAUACAUACCCCCCCCCCCCUCCCUCCCUUGCGGGGUGUUUGGCCCUCAACUCUUUUUUUUUUUUUUUUUUGCCUCCCGCCAUCUCACUGCUUGACACUACAUGGCCCCCGCCUCUGGUCUCCCUCAGGGUUUGGGGUGUGAAAUGCACAAUCAAUGCAAUAUUCAUGGACUCAAUUAUGUAUUUUUAUUAUUUCAACAAAUAUUGUACAACCUGUUUAUUUUUUGUGUACAUUAUUUUUCCUCCCCGUUUGCAUUUAAUUUAUUUGUAAACAUGUAGACAUUCCACACUCUGUGGCUAUUUAUUAAUUUAUUUAUUGUCUAUGCUUAAAAUCCCCUCAACUUUGCAUAUCCUACUUGGCCUUUGUUUUGCAUUCCUAUAACUUAUUUUUACAUUUCAACAUGUGUUUUUUUGUUUUGUUUUUGAGAUGUGGAGGAUGCACUGAAGCAGUUGUCGAUGUAAAGCAGAAUAAAACAAGUUUACUUAAAUUUGAAAAGAGCAUUUGAAUGUUAUUUAACUACUUUACGAAAAGUCUUUUGGUAAUGUUGAAUGGCUAACUAUCGGAGAAAUCCAUCUGCUUUCUGUCCUGUCAAUUAUGAGUUCAACAGAAAGCUAAACAACGGGUGGAACGGCUUUCGUAGUUGUCACAUAGCCUCAUAGUGGAGACUUUUUCAGUUCAGCUGUGUGACUUGUGGCUGUGAAGGAUGGAUAUUGCUAUUUUUUUAUACAAAAGUUUCAAUUAAACUCCCAUUUUUAUGUACAG